AUGGAUCCAACUAGACGGCAAUUUGCGAUCCACGACCGCUACCCAGAUAGGCACCACAUAGGGAUACUUGGUCCGAUCAAAGCACUCAACUUUUGCCAAUCGACCAUCGAAGCCAAGAACGUCAAACUAAAGAGUACUCGUGAUAAUAUGGUUGUCAUAGCUCUAUCUCUGCUCUUCCCAGAAAGGUCGAUCGAUGCGGAUGAACGCCGGAGAGGAGUUUUUGCAUCGUGUGUUGCAGUAGCAAUAUGCAUCGAUACGAGAGAGGACUGGGUGACACUGGUUGGGCGAGAGGGAGGGGGUCAUGGGAGUUCUCAAGUAGAAGAUCUUCAUGCAUUCCAUGUACCACCUCCUACUAAGCGAUUGGAAAGCGAUCAAAACAUCAAUCUUCCCUUGCUCAGCGAACUGAGCACGCAGAUGGUAUUGGGAGAAAGGGGAAAAAUAGCUGAGAGAAAGAUAGAGACAUGCCCGGGAUUAUUAGCGACGCUGGUAGCUGGUCGCGUGCAUGGAGAGCUUUCCGGCAGACUGAGCAUGAGUGAAUAUUUCGAAAAUCAGUUCAUGCAGUUUGGAUGGAGGUGCUUUUUCAGAAAACCUAACUUCGACAUGCCGAUCAGCGGGGAGAAGAUACCCAUUACUACUCUCAAGGAUUCCGUAUCAGAUAGGUUGGUGAUGAGCUACCAUACAAUUUGUGUAUUUUUGAACAGGUGUGGAUCGUCAAUCGGUGAAUUCAUGAGACUUAAGGUCUCGUCAAGAAUCUUGUUGUUCUGCUUUUUCGAUUUCAAUAGUCAUUAUAGACGUUGUCACCGGCGACAUAGGCGUCCCUUUUGGCGGGGUGCAUGGGGAACAAGCGGGCGUCCUCUGAUGCUCUCGCGAUCGAUCGCUUCACUCGAGCACUACUAUUACAUACUCUGCAUUCCAAGUCAAUACGAGGAGUCCCUAGAAGUAACUACCGAUAAACUUGAGCUGCCGAAUACUUGGUUCGCAUUCCCGGCGAACUUGAAAGUCAAUUACCGCGUGGUUCGGAGACCAAUCAUUUGGAUCGCCGAGCUAUUGGUCGAACCGCUAGUCCGUGUCCUGGACCCGCAGCUAUUGAUCGACCGUCGGUUGGUGGGGGAGGAGGCAAUUAACUAA